AUAUUUGAAAAAAAUAUCCAAUUAAAACAAUGGAUAUUUUUAAAAUAUGAAAAAAUCCAGUAAAACCCUUGAGACUUAGUCACGCAUAUAAAAAUAAUAUAAUGAACAAGUGAGUUGUUCAUUUGCGAGGGAAAAAAAAGGGUCAAAUAAUUUGCAACAAUAAUAGCAUUGAAAAAAAAAUUAAUUAAAGGGUUGUUGCUUUUGCGCAAAAGACACGCAAACAAGGUAAAAGAAGAAAAAGUGAUUGCGCAUCGGUAUUUUUGGUUGAUAAAAUUCUGCGUGCAGACAUUUAGACAGAAUACAAUCAAUAUGUCGUGACUUGUCGUGUAGAUAACGUGUUAAUUUAUUUAUAAAAUAGUAUUUGUGAAAAUAAUAAUGUAAAAAUAGAAUAAAUAGAAAAUUUAAAGAAUGCUUGAUAAAAUAAAUGAAAGGAAAAAAAAAUUUACAUACAUGAAUUACAAAAAGAGGGUUGAAUGAUCAACUUGAUAAAAAGUAACAAAGGGAUAUAGACUCGUCCAGGUCUUGUGGUGAAAAAUAAGUAUCCAAGUUGGUGAUUGAACUCAGCCAGAGCAAGCCAGAGAAAGAACUUGCUCCAUCAUCAUCAACAUUUAACAAUAUUUUAAAAAAUAUAUCAAACAAUUUCUAUGGCUCAAUUAAUAAAUAAAAAAUUGUGAUAUAAAUUAAGUGAUUAUCUAAAUUAAUGAUUAAUAAAUAAUAAGUAAAAAGUGAAAUGUCUUACAGUGAUGGUGGUCGUUCAUCAUCAGUACGUAAAUCUGGUACAAAAAUACCAAAAAAUUUACGUGUUACAAGUACAGAUAAUGGAAGAAAAUCAACAACAACAACAACAGCAAUAACAUAUCAUCAUCAUCAUCAUCAUCGUCAUCAUCGUCAUGGUUUAUUUGAUACAACAUUAAAUCAACAAUCAAUACAUCAAAAAAAUUUAUACAUUGUAUCAUUUCCAUUGAUAUUAUUUUUUAAUGUAUUAAGAACACUACUUUAUCAGCUGUUUGUUGUUUUUAAAUAUAUUUAUGCAUCAGCCAAUCAUAUUGUUAAACGACGUCAUCGUACAACAUUGACAACAACAAGAGGACAGUGUCAUUUAGAAAUUGUUGUUGGUAGUCAAACAAGUAUUGAACAUCAUCAUCAUCAUCAACAACAACAACAACAACAGCCACAACAGCUACAACAACAAGAAGAUAUUUUAUCAUUUAGACAAGAAAAUACAAUUGACAUGUCUGUAUCAAAAAAAACAAGUGGCCCAGGUCCUGGUGAUCCACUUCUUGCUAAACAAAAACAUCAUCAUCGUAGAGCAUUUGAAUUUAUUAGUAAAGCAUUAAAAAUUGAUGAAGAAAAUGAAGGACACAAAGAAAUGGCUAUUGAAUUAUAUAAAAAAGGCAUUGGUGAAUUAGAAAAAGGUGUUGCUGUUGAAUGCUAUGGUGGUAGAGGUGAAGUUUAUGAACGUGCACAAAGAUUACAUGAAAAAAUGCAAGCAAAUUUAAUAAUGGCUAAGGAUAGACUUGAUUUUUUAGCAAGUAUUUGUGCCAUGAAAAAUUUAGAAUUAUCAGAUGAAAAUAGUGAGGAGUAUCAGGAUAAAUAUCCAAGGCAAAGAAGAAUAAAUAGUAAUAGUAAAAAAAUUAAUAUACAAACAAAUAAACAAAAACCAAUGAUUAAAAAUAUCAUUAAGAAUCAUCCUGUUGUUGAAGUAUCUGGAAGAAAAUUAAUACCUGGUAAAAAAUUAAGUGGUACUGGAAUGAGUAAAAGUCAAACAUUACCACGUAGUAUGGGUCGUUCAAAUUCAGUAUUACCAUGUCAUAAAACAACACCAACAAAACCAUCAUGGACACCACCAUCAAUAAAACGUCAAUUAUCAAUACCAGGUACAGUAUCACCAGUAAGACGUCAAAUAAUAACAACAACACCAAAUAAUAGUAAUCGUAAUACACCAACAAGAAAAAUUCCAAAAGGUGUUGAUCCAAAAUUAGCACAAAUAAUAUUAGAUGAAAUAUUAGAAGGUGGUACACCAGUAAAAUGGGAUGAUAUUGCUGGACAAAAAAUAGCUAAACAAGCAUUACAAGAAAUGGUUAUAUUACCAUCAAUAAGACCAGAAUUAUUUACUGGUUUACGUACACCAUCAAGAGGUUUAUUACUAUUUGGUCCAGCUGGUAAUGGUAAAACAUUAUUAGCACGUGCUGUUGCAACACAAUGUUCAGCAACAUUUUUUUCAAUAUCAGCAGCAAGUUUAACAUCAAAAUAUGUUGGUGAAGGUGAAAAACUUGUUAGAGCAUUAUUUACAAUUGCUAGAGAAUUACAACCAUCAAUAAUAUUUAUUGAUGAAGUUGAUUCAUUAUUAUCAGAAAGACGUGAAAAUGAACAUGAAGCAUCAAGAAGAUUAAAAACUGAAUUUUUAAUUGAAUUUGAUGGUUUACCAUGUAAUCCAGAUGAAAGAGUAUUAGUUAUGGCUGCAACAAAUCGUCCACAAGAACUUGAUGAAGCUGCAUUACGUCGUUUUAGUAAAAGAGUUUAUGUUACAUUACCAGAUUCAUCAACAAGAUAUUUAUUAUUAAAAAAAUUAUUAGAAAAACAUAAUGAUCCAUUAAGUGAUAUUGAAUUACGUGAAAUGGCAUUAUUAACUGAAGGUUAUUCUGGUAGUGAUUUAACUGGUUUAGCUAAAGAUGCUGCACUUGGUCCAAUAAGAGAACUUGAUCCAGAUCAAGUUAAAUUACUUGAUCUUAAUCUUGUUAGAAAUAUUAAUAUACGUGAUUUUCUUGAUUCAUUAAAAAGAAUAAGAAGAUCAGUAUCACCAAAUAGUCUUGCUGCAUAUGAAAAAUGGAGCAAUCAAUUUGGUAUGGAUAUUAGUAUCUGAUUAAAAAGUUUGCCUAUCAAGGCAUACUCAUUCAUCAACAGGUGAAAUGUUUAUUAUUUUUUCUUUAUUUAAAUUACGAAAAUUCAUUGAUUAAUUAUUGACGAUUUUUAUAAGUCUAAUUUAUUUAUAUAUAUCUUUAAAAAUUAAUGAUAAACAAGUGACAAUUAUUUAUUUAAAUUAUUUAUCAAGUAAAAAAAAGACAAACAAACAAACAAAAAGACAACGAAUGACUGAUGCCUGGUAGAUUAAUAAUUCUUUUUUUUUUUUUUUUUUUCUCUUUAAUUUCUUCCUGUUGAUAAUCAAUAAU